GCCGCGGCGCGGAGACCCCGGCGGCGGCGGGCGCGGAGCGGGGCGCCAGGGCGGGCCCGGCGGAGGUGCGGGGGUGCGCCCGCCAGGCCGCCGGGUGGGCUGGGCGCCCCGAGAGACAAGAUGGUUAGCAGGGCGUGAACUCGAGACCCCGUAGUUUCCCAUCCUGACGUGUGUGCAGCGGUGCAAAGUUAGUGCCGAGGAAGGACUUUCGAGAUGGUCGGUUCCCAUUCCUUCGUUUUCCGGAGGAGGAGGACGCAGACCCCGAGGAGGAACGCGGCUGCUGGAAAUUCGCCGAGCUAGGCUUCACGCUCCUUGGCCCUCUAAGGAAAAUGGCAGACACAUCCUCAGAGCCUUCUGGGCAGCUGGUCGUCCACUCAGACACGCACAGUGACACUGUUCUGGCCAGUUUGGAGGAUCAGCGGAAGAAAGGCUUUCUCUGUGACAUCACUUUGAUCGUGGAGAAUGUGCAUUUCCGGGCUCACAAAGCCUUACUCGCUGCCAGUAGCGAAUACUUCUCAAUGAUGUUUGCCGAGGAGGGGGAGAUCGGCCAGUCCAUAUAUAUGCUGGAAGGCAUGGUUGCCGACACCUUCGGUGUCCUGCUGGAGUUUAUCUACACGGGUUGUCUCCAGGCCAGUGAGAAAAGUACAGAACAAAUCCUGGCCACCGCUCAGUUCUUAAAAGUCUAUGACCUGGUAAAGGCUUACACAGAUUUCCAGAAUAAUCAUAGCUCCCCGAAGCCAUCGACUCUGAACACCGGCAGCACUCCAGUGGUGGUUAUUUCUAAUAAGAAGAACGACCCCCCAAAACGGAAACGGGGAAGACCGAGAAAAGUCAACAGUUUGCAGGAGGGGAAAUCACAGCUGGCUGCAGAAGAAGAAAUACAGCUGAGGGUAAACAACUCCGUUCAAAAUAGGCAUAACUUUGUGGUCAAAGAGGGAGAGAGUGGCUUCCUGAAUGACCAGAUUCCAGCAAAAGAAAUGGAGGAUUCUGAGCCGGCCCGUGAGCCAGGUAGAGGGGAGGAAAUGCCUGCUGAGAAAGAUGAGAACUGUGACCCCAAGACCCAGGAUGGGCAGGAUAGCCAGAGUCGGUACAGCAAGCGGAGGAUCAGGAGGUCCGUCAAACUUAAAGAUUACAAACUUGUCGGGGAUGAAGACGAGCAGGGUUCAGCCAAAAGGGUCUGUGGAAGGAGAAAGCGCCCCGGUGGCCCCGAGGCCUGCUGUAAGGACUGUGGCAAAGUGUUUAAGUAUAAUCACUUUUUGGCAAUCCACCAGAGGAGCCACACGGGGGAGCGACCUUUCAAAUGUAAUGAGUGUGGAAAAGGCUUUGCCCAGAAGCACUCCCUGCAGGUCCACACCCGGAUGCACACAGGCGAGCGGCCCUACACCUGCACCGUGUGCAGCAAGGCUCUCACUACCAAGCACUCGCUGCUGGAGCACAUGAGCCUGCAUUCAGGACAGAAGUCUUUCACCUGUGAUCAGUGUGGAAAAUAUUUUAGCCAGAAAAGACAACUGAAGAGCCAUUACCGAGUCCAUACAGGCCACUCAUUACCGGAAUGCAACCACUGCCAUCGCAAAUUCAUGGAUGUGUCUCAGCUAAAGAAACAUCUGCGAACACACACAGGUGAGAAGCCAUUUACCUGUGAAAUCUGUGGCAAAUCUUUCACAGCAAAGAGUUCCCUUCAGACCCACAUCAGAAUCCAUAGAGGAGAAAAGCCAUACUCCUGUGGCAUAUGUGGCAAAUCCUUCUCUGACUCCAGUGCCAAGAGGAGACACUGCAUCCUGCAUACGGGCAAAAAGCCUUUCUCGUGCCCUGAGUGUAACUUACAGUUUGCUCGCUUAGACAACUUGAAGGCUCACCUGAAAAUCCACAGCAAAGAAAAACCGGCCUCAGAUGCCAGCAGUGUUUCUGGCAGUAAUAAUACCGAAGAGGUCAGGAAUAUUCUUCAGCUGCAACCAUAUCAGCUCUCUGCAUCUGGAGAGCAGGAAAUUCAGCUUCUGGUGACCAACUCUGUGCAUAACCUCAACUUCAUGCCCGGCGCUAGCCAGGGAAUCAGCAUCGUCACUGCAGAGAGCUCUCAGAACAUGACCCCGGACCAGGCUGCGAAUCUCACCCUGCUCGCGCAGCAGCCGGAACACCUGCAGAAUUUAAUCCUUUCGGCCCAACAGGAGCAAUCAGAGCACAUGCAGGGCCUCAACAUGAUUGAAAGCCCGAUGGAACCCUCGCAGAGUGAGCCCGUGCACGUCAUCACACUGUCCAAGGAAACCCUGGAACAUCUUCACGCCCAUCAAGAGCCAACAGGGGAGCUCGGCUUAGCGAGCGCUUCAGACCCGGCUCAGCACCUGCAGCUGACACCAGAGCCUGCUGCGCCGCCACCCACACCGCUGAGCCAGGAGCAGAGCUGACCUGUGCGCACGUGUCACCUGUGGGGCCCUUCCCCGCCGGCUGCCUCUGACCGUGCGCUGGAAGGCAGGCUUUCUGUGACGCUCACACCCAGAGCCUUCCACUCCCCAGCUAGCUCACGGUUCUGUGCUUUCCACCUGGGCGACAAGGUGUGUGAUUCGUGUCGUGUAGGGCGUCCUGAUUGGGUUUAGCAUUCAGUAUUGAUGAAUGGUUUUCAUUUUCCUCUACUACGUCCCUUAAAGUCUUGGGUCCUUUUUGUUUGGAGGCAUUGAAUUAGAGUUCUCGAAGUCUCCAAUGCUCGAGGCUGCAGGCUCUGGUCUUGCAGACUUUGCUAUUUAUAUUUUUUUAGAACAAAGGAAGUCGUACGUUGGUUGAAUUGGGUAGAAUGGUUUGUUCUACUUCUUUUUUUCUGUUCGGCAGCACGAUUGCUUCUACAGAUAAGUCAGGGCUGAGUAUGACAGAUGACGAUCUUGGAGAAUCUGUCCUUUUUAUUAUCUGCUAAUCCCCUAAGAGUAACUGUCAGCAUUUAAUCUCUCUGGUACAGUGGGCUGCUUGUGUCAUGCUUGAGUUAGAUUCAAAGACAUAAACUGAAAGUCUGUUUUAACUCAAAAUGAAUAUCACAAGAAAGUCAAAAAAGUACAAGGUUAUUUUAAAAAUUCUGAACUCUUCUGAGAAACAUGGAUUUACAUAUUUUUUUGGAUUUACAUAUUUUUUAAAAGCAGGUUACUGAAAAUUUAAAAGUCUAAUUAAAGUGUGAAAUUGGAUCAAGAGACAUUCAACCCAUAAAUUCUGAAUUUUUGUCAGCAGUGAUACUUGUUCUUCCUCAUGAAGUUAAACUAUCUCAGUUACCCUGGAAUAUAAAAUUUUAUUCCGUGUAAUUUAAGUGUCAAAUAUACUCUACUGAAUUCUAAUUAAUCCUGAAAGUGAUCUGUGUAUUAUGUCUGAUAACUUUCUGGAGUUGGGACCUUAUAAUCUAUUUUUACUGCAAAGUAUGUUAAAUCUGACAAAUGGACACCUCA